AUGGCGUCCGCAACAUUCUCUUCCUCAUCUUCCAGGGCCUGGCCUUCGCAAGGCGAAGAGAAGACUCAGGACACAGAGGUCACAGAGGUGAAGCUGCCUGCCGGAGCUUUGCCAGUGGGCGACGUGACAAAAGAGGGGGGCAUGGAGGAGCUUCUCAGAACAGCUCGUGGUGGAGGAGGAGGCUUGCGUGUUCACAAGAGAUGCCACGGCUGUGGUGCUUGGCUACAUUCGGACGACCCCGAAGAACACGGCUACGUGCCCGAAGAAGCUCGAGAGAAGUUCUCUCUCACAGGCCGGAGGAAGGUCCGACCGACCCCGAAAGGUGUUCCUGUAGAUGUGCUUCCACGGGGUGUUGAGGUGAUGCGAGACUCGUCUCUGAAGUACAAGGACAGGACUCGCAUACUGGUUUGCCAGCGGUGCUACCGGUUGCAGCACUAUCACAGGCUGGACGUGCCUGUCAAGGGUGGCUUCUACCGUAUGGAGGGUGGGCGAGAUUGGGAGCAUGAGGCAGAGAUUGUGGAGAAGAUCGUCCGUCGGAUUCGCAAAAACUCCAUAGUUCUGAUGGUGGUUGACCUGCUGGAUUUCGAAAGCUCUGUGGUGCCUGAGCUCUUCGACGCUUGCCGCAAUCGCCGGUUUGAGGUCAUUGUCGUCGUGAAUAAAGUCGACUGCCUGUUGGACAAGAUGCGGGACAAGGAGAAGGGCCUGGCGCGACUCAAAGUCUGGGUGCGGCGAAUGUCGCGACAGAUCCGGAACGUUCACACGAACGACGUGGUCCUCGUCAGUUCCAGCAGUGGUCACGGCUUCAAGCAGCUGGAGGAGAGGUUGAGGCACCAUCUUCUGCCAGAGGAUCCCCGGUGGCUGUAUGUCGUGGGCCGCGUGAACUCCGGCAAGUCCACAUUCGUGAACCGUUUCUUGUGGUACAUUGGCUACAAGCACAAUGGGGCGGUCCACUACAAGCGAGCUGUGGGUGGUGUCACCCGCUCACCUGUGCCAGGCACGACGCUCCACUUCGUGUCCUUCGGCUUGCCGAAGGGUUUCAGGCUCGUGGAUUGCCCUGGAAUACCAUCACGACAUCAGGUCACUGCGCAACUUCAGGAGGCAAUCGACCUGUAUGCAGUGGUGCCUCGCAAGCGGAUCAACUCGAUUUCGUACGCCUUGCACACAGGUCGCUCAUUUCUGGCCGGUGCUUUGGUUCGCAUCGACCAGGUGCAGGGCAACAUCAGCUUUCUGACAUCCUUCUUUGGCCUGAGCGUCACGAUCCACGUUUGUCAGACUUGCAAAGUGGAGGACUUGCUGAGCCGGAAGGCCGGCAACUUCUUCUAUCCGCCUCACAGCCGUGAAGAUUGCGAGCGGCUGGGUCCGCUGGUGCGUCAUCGCGUAGAGGUCUUUGGCAGCAGUGACCGGGCCUGGGACGACAUCGUCAUCGCCGGCAUGGGGUGGGUGUCCAUCAGCGGCUAUGGCACCAAAGUCCUUGAUGUUUGGGUCCCAAAAGGAGUCAAAGUUUUUCGGCGCCCGGCACUGAUGCCGCAGGAAAUGCGCAGCCGCGGAAUCACCAGGUUUCACGUCAACCACCGUGCAAGAAGCCCAAAGAUCUUCCGCAAGAAGAAUGGCAUCGUCAAGGCGCGCCAAGACAAAGAGCUGCGCGACAAGCUACGUGCCGAGCAGGCUGAGAUCGAAGCCCAGCAGGCUGCCACGGUGGAUGUCCCCGAUGAUGUCGCGUUUGUUGACAUGAGCGAGUUCGAGCUCCCACCGGGGUACUCCAUGGCAGAGCCUGCUUCAGAGCAACCAAAGUGCUACGGCAAGCAUUCCAAAGCUGCCAUCCAGCUGAUCCAGACCAAGUUGCCUGGCAAGGCCUGUCGGGCGGUAGGGAGGCAGGCACAGUGGUCAGAGCCAAUUUCAGAGCCUGAGGAGAUCAGCUUCUCUGAGAUCAAGGAUCCGGGUGUGACCGGGAACUUCGAAAUCAAGGUGAAUGGUGCAUUGGUGCACUCCAAGAAGACGCAGGGCUCGGAGCUCGUGAAGACUCGGGUAGCCAUGGUAGCCUGCUGA